GAACGGUGUUUGGUGUUCGGUGGUGCACUGACUGACUGGUGCAUGGCGGCUGCAUGGGCCGACGACUGGCGGGUCGUUCGCUGUGUUGGCUUGUCAGUAAGUCAGCGACUAGCCAGUCUACAGUACAGUACACUCCGAUCCUCUACACCGCACCCCAGGGUGGUGGCCCUGAUGGCCCUGAUGCAUGGCUAACUGCCUCACUUCAACAUGGCGCUCCCCACUGCUCGCUCUUAGCGCGACGUCAAUUGGGUUUCAUCUUCUGCCAAAUCAUGUGGACUCCGCAACCUCUGGUUAUCAAGGGGGACAUGUCAUCGAUCUGUACUUAGCGUUGUCCCACACCACACCCCACCCACAUACUCCUCUCCCCCCAACCGGUAUCAUCUUACUCGAGGACAGUACUGUACCUCCCCCCCCCCGCGGCGUUAUUCGAAGAAGAUUUCAGGCUACCGAGCUUUGAAUAGCAAUUCGUUCUUACCCAUGCUCUAAUUUCUCCCUUCCCCGCUCUCUUCUGAUUCUUCCGGUCACCGCGAGUAUCGCGUCUUUGAUGCCCAAUGCGUGAG